AUGGCCUCCAACCCUCCCCCACGCAAUGGCUACCGACCCUUCCCAGCCGCGAGCGGGUACAAUACCCCAGCCUGGCUGCAGUGGCGGACCUGGGAGUCCGUGGCCAUUAAUCUAUGCCGGGUGCCCCGGGAGGCCAACACGUUCACACUCUGGAAGGCUUUCCGUAAGGAAGGGUCGAUCACAUCGAUCGAUAUCUUCGACGAUGCCCACGGGCAGCGGGAUACACGAGGACGAAUUCGCUUCAGGCCGCCACCCGCGACUGAUUUCUGGCGUCGCGGGCCUUACCGCGUGAAGCUUCGCAGUGGGCGCGUAAUCGCCAUCCCAAUUGCCCUUGACCUAAAGCUUCACGAUUCGUUGGUCCCUAGCCCCGCUCGCUCGGGGGUCGUCUUCCCCGCGGAGAUGGCUAAUGAAACCCGGGGUUGCUUUUCUCUAAAGAAACUGCAGAUCCCCAACCUCAGCAUUGGUGUCCCUCUGAGCGGGUCUACAAUCCAUUGGAUGCGCAGCGCCCAGGAUUUGACCCGCCCUAACUUGAUCGUGGACCUGAAAAGACGGGCCUUUUUCAUCACCUUCAAUACCUGCCCCCUCGUUAACCAACACACCCAAUAUGCAGGCUCAUCCGCCCCUCGAGACCAUCCUCAAUUCCGCCUCAAAAUCCCUUUCCUGCAACUCACCCGUAUCUUCGAGCUCUGCGACCCUAUCUCACAGCAGGUAUCCUUUCUCACGAUCCUGGACUCGCCGCCGACAUAUCACCGGUUGGCAGGAAAUGUCCACGCCUCCUUCCAUAGUGACAGCACAUGGAGAGAAGCCGAUAUGUGGUUCCGACAGACCCUGGUGUUCCACAAUGCUACGGAACAGUUGAAUCUGCCCACGAACCUGCGGGUGGCAGGACAGAUCAUUGAUAUCGGUCGGUGGAAUGCCUUCAAGCUCACUUUCUCCAGCGAGAUGAAUGAGAAAGGCAAUAUCAAACUCCUCCGCGAGAUCAUGAAAGAUCACAACAUCCCUGUCGUGGACGGAAGCCACUUCAUCGAUGUCCCAGAGCUCCCUGUGCCCGUGUGGCGAUGGAUCGAUUUCGUCGAGUCCCAGUUGACCGGCGCAUCCUCGUCCGGUCUGCAAGACCUAGCUGACCAGGACUACGUACACGUCCCCUUCGCUGUGCGGUACCAACUAGAAGUGUGUCUAUCGCAUGGCUAUCUUUCCGAAUUCACGAUGAGUCGUGCCUUCGUGAUGAAACUGAUGGAACUCGGAGAAUCCAAGGCCAGACGGCUCCUGGAGCACAUCGCGAACAAAAAGACCACCUAUCUCGACCCGAUGGACAUCUUCGAUAUUCUAGGCGUCAAUGGUGUGAGUGACUCGAAGAUCCCGGCCUAUUGCUGCUUCAUGCGUACCGCGCGAGUCACGCCAAGCACUAUCUAUUAUAAUUCGCCCACAGUAGACAUUUCCAACCGCGUCGUGCGUCGCUACCUCGAGCAUGCGGACCGCUUCCUUCGCGUAAGAUUCACAGACGAGAAGACCGAGGGCCGUAUUAACUCCACGCUGAGCGACACCAAUGACGAGGUAUUCACCCGAGUCAAGAAGACGCUGGCUAACGGUAUCACCAUCGGUGACCGGCACUAUGAGUUCCUCGCCUUUGGUAACUCGCAGUUCCGUGAACACGGCGCUUAUUUCUUCGCGGCGCUGCCCAACCUCUCGGCCGCGCACAUCCGUGUCUGGAUGGGCCAGUUCCAGCACAUCCGCAAUGUGGCCAAGCAUGCUGCACGAUUGGGCCAGUGUUUCUCGACAACCCGAGCUAUCGCUGGAUGUCCGGUCACAAUUCGGAAGCGUCCGGACAUUGUUCGCAAUGGAUACACAUUCUCUGAUGGCGUUGGCAAGAUCUCCAAGUUCCUAGCCCAGAUGGCCAUGUCCGAGCUCAAGAUCAAGCCUGUCACCGGUGAGCCGCCCUCAGCGUUUCAGUUCCGGCUUGGUGGUUGCAAGGGGAUGCUUGUGGUAUCUUCGGAUCCUCAGCCCCCCGAGAUCCAUAUCCGACCCAGCCAGUACAAGUUUGAUGCGGAUCAUGGUGGGCUUGAAAUCAUCCGAUGGUCACAGUUUUCGAUUGCGACGUUGAACCGGCAACUCAUUCUUGUUCUGUCGGCUCUGAGAAUCCCGGAUCAUAUCUUCCACAGUAAACUCGCCUCCAUGCUGCAAAGCUUCAACGAGGCGAUGGGCGAUGAUGUUCAGGCCACAUAUCUGCUUCAGAAAUAUGUGGAUCCUAACCAAAUGACCCUUAAACUGGCUCAGAUGGUGUUUGACGGUUUCAGACAAAGCAAGGAACCGUUCAUGACCUCCAUACUAGCACUAUGGAAAGCGUGGCACCUGAAACAUCUCAAGGAAAAGGCCAAGAUUGUACUGGACCAGGGCGCAAAUCUUCUUGGCUGCUUGGACGAGACGGGGACUUUGAAGGGUUAUUUCGAUCGGAGCCUGCCUGGCAAGGGUGCUUCACUUGAAGAGAAGAUGGCGGCCUUACCGGAGAUUUUCGUUCAAAUCUGCCGCCUGGAAAACAACGGCGUGCCCGAGAUCAUUGAGGGGCUUUGUAUCCUUGCACGUAACCCUUCCCUGCACCCAGGAGACAUCCGCGUUGUGCGUGCAGUAAACAGACCAGAGCUGCGACAUUUACACGACGUCAUCGUGCUUCCGCAGACGGGGCAUCGGGAUGUUGCGAGCAUGUGCUCAGGCGGGGACUUGGAUGGCGACGACUACCUGGUGGUUUGGGACCCAGAUCUAAUCCCAAGAGAUUGGUUUGUACAGCCGAUGAGAUACAGCAACCAAAAGCCACCAGACAACGACCACGACGUCACAGUCGACGAGAUCACCACGUUCUUCGUCACGUACAUGAAAAACGAUUGCCUGCCACGAAUCGCCCACGCGCACAUGGCCUGGGCCGAUAGCCUCCAGGAUGGGAUCAAAGAGGAGAAAUGCAUUCGUCUGGCCCGGCUUCACUCCCACGCUGUCGAUUAUAACAAGACCGGAAAGGUGGCAGUCAUGACGCGAGAUCUCAACCCGCGGCUUUGGCCCCAUUUCAUGGAGAAGAAGCACAAGCGCAAGGAGCAGAUAUACCACUCAAAGAAAAUCCUCGGACAGUUGUACGAUGCAGUUGAGACCAUUGACUUUGUCCCCAGUCUCGAGAUGCCGUUCGAUGUCCGGAUCCUUGAGUGUGAGCUGAAGCCCCCGAGCGAGCCGUUCAUGGAGUAUGCGCGUCAACUAAAAGAGGGCUAUGACGAGGCCAUGCGUCGCAUCAUGGCCCAGUACGAGAUCACCACCGAGUUCGAGGUGUGGUCGACCUUUGUGCUGAAGCAUGGCAACAUCUGCAGGGAUUACAAGCUCCAUGAAGACUUGGGUCGAGUCGCAAGCACGCUCCGCGGCGGUUUCCGUCAGCAAUGCUGUGACAAGAUGAAAGGCCGUACUUUUGACUCACUUUCGCCCUUGGUCGUUGCCAUGUACCGCAUCACGCACGAAGAGAUGACCUCAUACCUUGAAGCCCGGCGUCGUGAACAGCAUUUGGGCGACGACGAUGAUUCUUCCCCUGGAUCUGAGGCGAGUGUGACGCCAUUGCCUCUUAUUAGCUUUCCCUGGAUUUUCUCGGAUAUCCUUGGUCAAAUCGCGAUGGGUCAGUUCGAAAUGCCAAAGAUCUCAGUCGAAGGCUCACCCCCUACAACGAGCAAGAAGGAACUCGCCACCUUCACCCACACUGAAGUCAGAGAGAUGCUUGCAGGUUUCGGACAGUCUUCCUCGGAGCCUUCGGUAAAUGAGGUAUCUUUGACGCCUAUUUUCACCGAGGAGAGUGUGGGAGAGUUGAAAAUUGACUGGGACCAGGAGAAGAAUGCUGACGGUGACGAGAAAGUGGUGGAGAUUGUCGAGGUGGAAUCACCCCCGACGCUGGGUAGAUUGGCGAACCUCGUGCAUGAUUAUAGCAACAGCGUGGGGGAAGAGAAAGAAAGUAAGGGGAAGGUGGCAUGA